AUGAUAAAGGUUGCUGGAGCCAGCGAGAUCAUAUUGCCAAAGCCCCAAAUUGAUUGGAUUCCACCGGUAGAAGGUUAUGUGAAGUUUAAUGUAGAUGAUGCUUUUAAUGACUCUUCAGCAGGUUGUGGGGGAGUCUUGAGAUCGUAUAAGGUUGAUGUGAGAGAGACUUUUUCAGGUCCCGUUGAUAUAGUGAACUUCGACUUUGCAGAAUUGGUUGCAAUAAAAACGGUGUCGGAGAUAUUCAAGGAAGCUGGAUGGAUUGUUCCCAGGAGUGCUUUGGAACUGCGAUGGUUUUUUAUCAGGGAUGAUGUGAAUAAUUCUGGAAUAGCUGAAUUUACAGAUGAAAAUGUUGUAAAAGUUGUUGUUCUUGACAAGAAUAUCAAUGAAUGGGCUAAAGCAGACAUGGGAGAUCUGAGAACCUUACAAAAGACAGUGUUGAGAAUAUUUGUGAAUAACUUCAAGGAAGGUUCAUUAGAAGCGGUUGGCCCACUCUUUUGGUCGGUCUCGAAAACCGCCAUGAACGUCUACGCAAGGAUACUGGCUAAGAAACACCCCGAUUUCCAAAUCAACUGUGUUUACCCCGAAUAUAUCAAUGAAUGGGCUAAAGCAGACAUGGGAGAUGCUGAGAACCUUACAAAAGACACUGUUGAGAAUAUUUGUGAAUAA